AUGUUGCUUUACAAGCAGAAGAAAAACCAGGCUGGUAAGGGCAACAGGCUCUUGAUUAGCAUCAACGUGCUAGGAAGCGCAGGCCCGAUCCGAUUUGUGGUUAAUGAGGAGGAGCUUGUUGCUGCUGUGAUUGAUACUGCCUUGAAAUCAUACGCUCGUGAGGGUCGCCUUCCGAUUCUCGGCUCUGAUCUCAACAAAUUUGUUCUCUAUUGUCCCCAUGCCGGAACUGAAGCUCUGAGUCCUUGGGAGACAAUUGGGUCGAUGGGGGUUCGGAAUUUUAUGCUGUGCAAGAAGCCACAGACAGAAAAUGCUGUUGAUGAAGGAAAAUCGGCGGCCACUCCUUUGGUUAGAAAAGGGUCUAGCAGCUGGAAAGCAUGGUUCAAUAAGUCUCUGAAUCCUAAGAUAUCUUCGCAUUGAAUUGAAAUGGAUUAUGGGAACGUUUUCAUUGGUGUUUACUGUUUAGAAUCCUAAUUUGGUUUUCAAGUUUGUUGUUGGUGUCUUUGUUUCCUAUGUUUUCGUUUUAGGUUUGAGUCGAGGUCAUUCGAAUUGCACCUCAUGAAUAAAUGUAAACCUUUGAGGUUUUCUACCUUGAAAUAAUAAGUAGAA